AUGAGGGACGACACCGCUACUUGCAAGGAAAACCUCCUCACCGAGAUCACCUCUGCUGAUCACGAACUGUACUAUGCGGCCUACUACUCUCUCGAAAGAACCAAACUGACCGUCGCGGCAACCCAUGCUAAGGAGCUCAGCAGGUUAAAGAAACUUCGAAGGAACUUGGCGAAGUUGAAUCGAAGACGGACUGACUUGCUUCAGGCGGCAAACAUUGUGGAAAUGGUAACUUCCGAAGAGUCUUUAAACCUGAGUUCUACGAUAUUUGUUUUAUCAGGCCGACAUAGGAGAGGCAGGGAACGCCAUGACUCGCGCUUCAAUUAGACUGAUAUGUUGGAGGCUUAUGCACCGUCAGCCAUAAACGUACCAUCAAAGCUCAUUCAGUGUGAUUGGUGUUUAGUGUGGGUGCGAUGGUCUGCCUAAGUUUCUACUGCCGUUUCAUGCACAUAACAACCUUGGAUUCUAGCCAAACACCCUGUAUUGCCUUAUGAUUGUAUUGCAGAGACCUACUCUAGAGACCGCUUCUCCGUUUUCAGAACGCUACUGCCUUGAAGGAAGUGGAACGGUCAGCAAAAAAAUUGCUUGAAUGCGUCAAGAACUUGCAACAGACGGCAGUACGCUGUGAAGAUUCUGGCUUUGAUAAAUUAAACUUAACUCCAGAUUUCGCAUCGGUAAGUUAAUUAGACCUGAAAAUACUUUUAUCGUAAGUCAAUAUGGUUGGCAUAUUUGUAAUCUUUUGCUUGCAUUUCCCACUGAUUGCGCAUAAUAUUUCUUGGCAAACACUGGGCAUCUAUGCGUGUUAAUUUUGCAAGAUAAUAGUCUUUCAUUCCAUUCGUAAACGUCUCUAAUCCUCAACGCUUAUUCCUAACACUAACCCCUAACCCUAACCUUUACCAAGUGCGACUGCGAAAUAAGAUCCUACCAGUUACGGAUAAGCGGUCGGGGUUAGGCGUUAGGUUCGGACUUGUCUACUGCAGGCACGGCAACGAAAUAGGAUCCGAAAAAAGUGACAUCUGUUUGUUAUGUCAUGUUGAGGUUAUAGACGAAUGUACCCGCCAAAGUCAAGUUGGGUCCAAAAACCUUAGGGCUAAUUACUGAUAUUUAAGAAAACCCAAAAUCACGAAAACCUAGCAUAAUCAAAUUAUUGUUUUCGCAUUCUUUUACUGAUCGAACCUAAAGACAUAAUAACGCAUGCAAGUGAGCAAUCACCCUGGCGAAAUAAUUUAACGAAAAAGAGAAAGGGGGACUGGAAUUGUCAUUUCAGACUUUUUAACUAUCGUCAGUUAGUCGAACUCAACUCCGAGGUGUGCAACCCCGAGGUUUGAACUCGCGACCUGUCGGUUAGAAGCCCACCGUCCAAACCUCUAAGCCACGGGCUCGUUGUCCUGCAGGCUUGUAUCCAAUAAUGGAAGAGGGGCGCUCAACGUUCGUCAUCGGAAGUAGUCAUGCUGGCGUGGACACAGAAUUGGAUCGUGCAGUAUUCCGACCCCAACUAAUGGGGGUCGCACGCCAACUUGAUAUUUAUAACAAUUCCAACAGUCCGAUUUUAGUCCCAAAUUUGAGUAAAACCAGCAGUUCUGUGUUUGUUUCCAUGAAGAGGCUCCCCUACGGGUAGGUGGGAAGUCAUAGACAUUCGGCAGAUCGUUUCUUACUCCUGGUAAAAUGAAUAAGCCACUUACUGCAAGCAUAUCUGGAACGAUCAGGCAAUCCUCGGGCAAGCAUUUAUGCCACCCAUCCGCGACAGCCGGCGCACAACGUGCACCAUUCAGUGAACAAAUAAUAACAUGUGCUUGAUCGCACGUUCUCGAUAAGCCGGCUGCAGGUAGUCCUGGAAGUCUAAAAGUUAACGAAAGUGAACCCGAAGGCUGGUAACCUUAAAGUAGAUGGGCUAACCCAUGAAAUGUUGGCCGAAAUUUCGAAAUGCAUUUUCGUUUCGAGAAGACAACUUACAGUAUGUGGGUUAACUCACGAAAUGUCAACAGAAAUUCCGAAAUGCGUUUCCGUUUUGAUAAAAUUAUUAAAGUAGGGUUGUAAAUCUAAUCAUCAUGCAACAUAAUUCUAUAAUAAUUCAGUUACCGCAAAACGCCGGCUUUCAAACAAACUUUUUUGGCUGCAUCCAACAACCGUACUCCGUAAAAAAUGACCAUGUAUGUAGCAUGUAUUUUUUUCAUUGAAUUUUGAUGUCCUUAAACAUUCAACUAUAUUUCAUGGAAAACAUGCAUGAACAGAUUCAUUCUUUUGCUAAUUCAGUAGCAAGUAACAUCUUCUUUCAAUUUAAACACGAAAGAAGGGCAUAAUUCGGUUUUAAAAAGUUUCUAAUUGUGAGAAUUUUUAAUGCCGUGAAACGGCUGUUCAAAAAUCGUCAUGUUUCUGCUUUUACCAAUGUGGAUUUUAAAGUUGACAAAGUGGUUCAAAUCCCCCUCUUAAUUUUUUGAACUUUAUAUAGUCCCCCUUUGUAACCGCAGACAAGUGUAUGGUUUUCCAUACGCGGAAAUUAUACGGCUUGUAGUUCUGAAACUUUUAAUGCAAGUGUAACGGCAGGUUGGGUUGAAAAUUAUUUGGUAAUUAAAAUAAAUUAUAAAACCAAAUUAUGCCGUUCUUUUGAGUGUAAAAUUGAAAAAAGACGUAAUUUUCUACUAAAUUAGCAAAAGAAUGAAUAUCUUAUGCAUGUUCUCCAUAAAAUAUAUUUAAGGACAUCGAAAAUUUAUGAAAAACGUCAUGCUACAUAAGUAAUCAUUUUUACGGAGUAUGGUUUUUAGACGCAGCCAAAAAGUUUGUUUGAAAGCCGGCAUCCUGAGGUAACUGAAUUAUUAUAGAAUUAUGCUGCACGAUGAUUUGUUUUACAAGCCCAUUUAAUUAAUCUUUUCGAAACGGAAACGCAUUUCGUAAUUUCUUUUGACAUUUCAUCAGUUAGCCCACUUACUGUAAGUAGGGUUGUAAAACUAGUCACUAUGCAGCAUAAUUCAGUUAUUGCAGAAUGCUGGAUUUGAACGAACCUUUUUCCGGCUGCAUGCAAAAACUGUACUCCGCAAAAUAAGACAUAUAUGUUUCUCAGUGAUUUUCGACGCCCUUAAAAAUAUAAUUAUAUUUCAUCGAAAACCAUUUAUCAUGAUAUUCAUUCCCUUGCUCAUUUGGUAGAGAAUUACGUCUUCUCCCAAUUGCACACUCGAAGGAAGAGCAUAAAUCGGUUUUAAAAAUUUUCUAACUGUGAGAUUUUUAAUACCGUGAAGUGGCCGUUAAUGAAACGCCAUACCUCAAUAUUCACCAAUGUGGCUUGUAGAGUUGGAACUGUCUACUGCUUAUUUGUACGAAUCCCAUGUGGUGUCCUCCUAAUACCGUAGAGAAACGUACGUUUUUCCAUGCGCGGAAAAUAUACGGCUUGUAGUUUUAAAACCCUGAAUGCAGGUGUAAAGGCAGGUCAGGGAUCAAAACUAUUCAAGGACUGGAAAAGUUUUUGAAAACCGAAUUAUGCGCUUCCUUCGAGUAUGAAAUUGGAAGAAAACGUUAUUUUCUCCCGAAUGAGCAUGAGAAUGAAUAGCAUUGUGCAUGGUUUUCUCUAAACUACAAUUAAAUUUUUAGGUGCAUCGAAAAUCAAUGAGAACAGUUCAUGCUUUUAAAGUAUUCAUUUUUUCAGAAUGUGGUUAUUGCGUGUGGCCGAAAAAAAUUCGUUCAAAAGCCGGGAUCCUGAGGUAACUGCAUUAUUGUAAAAUUACGCUGCACAAUGAUUAGUUUUACAACCAUACUUAAGUAAUCAUUUCGAAACAAAAUGCCUUUCUGAAUUUUAGUUGACACUUCAUGGGGCAGCUCACCUACUGUCUGUUGGUGCGAAAGGUAAACAAUGAAAGCAGGGGUUAAAGAAAUCAAUCAGAGUUCGUCGUAAAACACGGGCGGAGUGGAAAAACAUGGGAGGUAGGUUUCCAAAGUCAAUGUCAGGGGCAGGAUAAGAGCGAUAGCGCGCGGCGAGUUACAUAGUUAGUCUGCUUUUGGCCACGGUAGGUGGGGAGCCUGAACGUGGUUAUUCUGCGUGCAAAAGAUCGGUUUUCGCAACCCGAUGGCUGUCGCUUCUGCUUUGUUAACGGCUGAUAGACCAGUAGCCUAGGGUAGCUCGACGGGACCUUAUAAUAGACGCGAAAAGCUUCGCUGGUGUCCACGCGAUGUCCGGAAUCAACACCAUGCGCGAGAAAAGCGCUGUUCGUACUCCUAAUUUGACCAUUCCCCAGCCAUGCUGGGAUGUGGUCUCGUAUUGUUUUGGAUAGCGCCGCAAGUACGAAAGGUAGUGUGCGCUUUGUGCACUCGUCGGCACUGUUUAAAUGUCCUAUGCCUUUGUUCAGUAUAAUCGAGUUGGAGAUGCAGUGGAGCAUUGUUCGGUGAAAAUGUCGUUGGAUAAGGCGACGUCCGAUUAUUUUGUCUUGUAGAGGCUAUAGACGAAUGCAUUCAACAAAGGCGGUGUGUGAGGAUAUGGGAGGAAAUAGAGGGGGGUAAUGACAAUCAAUGCUAAGAACGGGACGAGAGCGGAAUUGCGCGGAGAGUUGUAUGAAUAGUCGUUUUGACCACGAUGUGAGCGGAGCCUGAACGUAGCCUUGCUAUGGGCUCGCCGCUCGGACACCUCCUAGCCGAUUUCUUCAUGGGAAAGUUUGAUAAAUUCUGAUUAAGCGAUCAGAUCAACUAGUGUAAAUAUUACGGUCGCUAAGUUGAAGACAUCUUUGCAAGCAUCCCACCAGGAACCGAUAUACCCGCCGCCUUAAAUGCGGUAAAUCAGGCCAUCCCCAACCUCGAGGUGUAUAACGCCUGGGAUUCAGUUGCGUGACCUGUUGGCUAGAAAUCCAACGCCUUUAUCAUUGAACUACGGACUCGUUUUCCUGUUGGUUGCGAUCGCGGAUGCAGUAGGUGGGCUAAAUCAUGAAAUGACAACCGAAAUUCCGAAAUGAAUUUUUACUUCGAAAAGUUUAACUAAGUAGGGUAGUAAAACUAAACAGCCUACAACACAAUUCCAUAAUAUUUCAAUUACUUUAGGAUGCCGGCAUUCUAAUGAACGUCCUUUCGGCUGCAUGCAAAAACUACGCUUUGCAAAAAUUGACUACUUAUGUAGCAUGAAUGCUUCUCACUGAUUUUCGAUGCCCCUAAAGGUCCAACUAUAUUUUUUGGUAAACAUGCAUAAAAGUAUUAAUUAUUUUGCUCAUUCAGUAGAUAAUUACGCCUUCCACUAAUUUUAUGCUCGAAGGUGGGAUAUAAUUCGGUUUCAAAAACGCUUUCCAAUUCACGAAUAAUUUUGAACCCGCUCUACCGUCACACUUGGAUUCAGGUUUUCCAUACUACAAGCUGUAUAUUUUCCGCGUACGGAAAACCACACAUUUCUCUACGGUAAUAAAAGGCGUCCACAUAGGGUUUUUAAAAUUAAGCAAAGGAUUUGACCAAUAUUGUUAACUUUACAAGCCACAUUGGUAAAUGUAGAUAUAUGACGAUUCAUGAACGGUCAUUUUACGGUAUUUAAAAGUCCCACAAUUAGAAACUUUUUUAAAACCGAAUUAUGUCUGAAUUGUCUACUAAAUGGGAAAACGAAUGAAUAUUUUUAUGCAUAUUUUCAAUGAAAUAUAAUUGGACCUCUGUGGGCAUCGAAAAUCAACGAUAAAAAUUCAUGCUAUAUACGUAGUCAUUUUUACACAGUGUAGUUUUUGCAUGCAGCCGGAAGGAAGUUCUUUCGAACGCCGGCAUCCCGAGGUGACUGAAAUAAUACAUAAUUAUGUUGCAGACUGACUAGUUUUACAACCCUACUUAAUUAAUCUUUUCGGAACGAAAACGCAUUUCGGAAUUUCGGUUGACUUUUCAUGAGUUAGCCCACCUACUGUAUUUACUAUGGUAGAAGGGUGCGCAUCGAUCGCGUUACGGAAGUCACUCAUUCCAAAGUGCCUCAGGGCUCCCUCUCGAUCUCGCCAGAUGCUGCGCGUAAUGGAGACUCGUGAGCGAACUCCAAGACACAGCGGGACGAGUGAGUUCCGUAACGUGCUUGGUGCGCGCCUGUCAAAAGUUGUGUGGUCGACAGGACAAAGAUUUCCAAUCAAAAAUCAGGGAAGACGGAGUGAGAUGGACAACCUUUACUGUUUUGGAAGUGCGUAAACAAAGGCUCUGUAGGCCGUCGCUGCGAGCGCGCUCUCCAGGAAAGUUGUUGUUGUCUGUGCCCGCUUUCGAGGUGCUGAGACCCAGCGCAUGUGUGCCUUUUGCUGUCUCCGCGUCCGCCAGCCAAUCAGAGGGGGGACGGCGCUGAUUGGCCUGGGGCACUCGCGAGGCUAGUGACAAGCCUCGCGUGUCCCAGCAGCAUAUCGACAAGGAGUGUGAGGCGGACAGAAAGGCAGCGUGACACAGGCGGAGGGCAAGGAGACGCGAACUGCCACACGCCCUCUACUAGUGGUAAAUCGUCUUGUCGAUACGUCUUAUAUUUGUUUUUCUUUUCUGAUGGGAAAUAGAUUCACCUGCAUUUCAAGGACUUAUCGCUGGUGACCUCUGACUCGCGGUACGUGAGGAAACAACUGGCACGACUUCCGAUAGAAGCUCAGACUAGUGAACCAGUAAAGCAAGGGUAAGUGUUAAAUCCUCCAGUGACUCAGCGGAAAUAUUUUUUGCUGACCAAGCGGAUCAUAUGUUUAUUUUAUUAGUAGCGGUAGUAUGUACGAGCCAACAAACGUCUUAUAGCUCAAAAUUGAAAAGUCUGUUUAUGUGCCCUUUAUUUCACGCGCAAAUUUCUUUCCAAACUCUCAAGCAUAUCUAUGUUGUGUCGGUCACUUUAGGAGUCUGUUUUAGGACAGUUUUUCCAUGAGGCGAUCAUCCAACAGGUUCACGAAUCUAACUCCUUGGCUUUGGCAUUGGGGGUUGCAGUUGUAUAGAGUUUGUCCUAUUCAGUUAAUAAUCCAUACAACAGCCUAAUUGGGCUUUUGUUGUGAAAGUCAUUUUCUACUCCUGAAACUCGAUCAGAUUAUGCUUAUAUUCACAAAUUAUCGGCUCGGUUGACGCGGUGGGCGAACACUUAAUACCUUUGUCAUUUAAGACGGUAUUAUGGUGAACAUUCAAUAGGCACCGACGUUGGUUAAACGCUGUCUAAUAUCAUAAAAUCUGUUUUAGGAAAGAAAGCUCGCUUCAAUGAGUUGUCGUUUUGAUGACCAAGAAGUCUGGUUUGCGCAAUUUCAGAAAACGUACCCGUUCCAGGCAUUUCACAGGAUAAACCUGAGGAGUUAGUCGUUUGAAGAGAAAGUUUAUUGGCCCGAGACUGGGGCCUGGGGGUCAUCGUUUAAACAAUCGGUUUCAAAAGUUAGCAAAGACUUCCGCUAGCGUUGCACGAGUUUGAACAAAUAUCGCUCAUCUAAUGCCUGCAGUACGCCUAUUUACGAAUACAAGGUUGGGCAUUCCGGGUGUGUUGGGUUUGAGACUUCCUGCGCGGCUCCUUUGUAGACUGCCUCAUUGACACUGGCAGCUUUAAGAUUUACAUGAACAACGUUUUUUCUUCUUUUUGGCCGCUUGCUUAGAAAGCUUCCACUAUCCUCACAAAAUGACUGCUUUCUACAAAAAAUAUACAAGAAUGGAUAUGAGCCGACGAUGUUUUACCGCUCCUCAUUCAUAAACGAUUGGUCUUAACCAUACAUAGGUUAACCUAUUUUAUUGGCAAUAUACUGGUUCUUAUCCCCUUUGUUUGCCUGAAUUAAAAUCUUAAGGCCAUAUAUACAUUGCGUUAGCGCCGUUUCGAAGUACAUACAAUCUGACGUAAUUUCUUUAUCGAAUUCACUAACGAUUGUCAGUGAUGUCGAUAGUUAUAUUUUGUGGCUAAUAUGUUGCAUUUUCAAUCCUUUCGUGGUAUGUGUUUCGGGCAAACAUAUCUAUUCACGGGAAAUAGAAAACGUUUUUGCCGAAAAUUUUGGAAGAUAAUUUCAAAAGGAGGAUUUUUUCUCCCCUUUUCUCUAUUUUUGAUUUUAUACAAAUUGGCCUUUCUAAUUUGAUAACAGUGACUAUGCCUGCAUGUGUUACUUGUCCUGAGCGCAACAACUAUAAAUUUACUUUACCUGUCCAGACGUUAUUGUCACAAUUUGGCCUGUAGCGGCGCUUAGAAAUAACACGUUUGGUCGACUAAUUGUGCGAAUCCAUUUAUCUUUUCUUUUUUUUCUUUGUUUAGAUAUGCUGAAGCGAAUUGGGAUCUGAAUCCAAACGAAAUCUUCGUUAAGCUUCUGCCCGAGGCUACAGCGCCAUGUGACGUGCAUGAGUACUUCUCCAAAUUCGGUCCAAUCACAGGAAUCCUAGUGCCAAAGAACAAGCUGGGACCAGAUUCCAUCCUCUGUGGAUUCGUCACUUUCCUUGAAACGGAGUCUGUGAGAAGGGUGCUUGAGACCCAACCCCACCAACUAGGCGAGAAUCGAAUCGUUGUUUGUAUGGCAAGGAAAAAUGUUUUGUGCCGGAAAGGGUGAGAUUCUGGUUUUCAGACAAGUGCAUCUCUCUCAGGCACAGAAUUGUGUAACGAUCGGGCAGUAGGCUUCCAUACAUGUCUCUCAAUACAAACAGUAAAAAAUGCGUCUUAGCAGAGGCGUUUUUUAGUAAGCAGGAUUGGCUAAUAGGCCAAUCCUCUGUAUUGACUAUGCAUGUUUUUUUUAACCCUGGUUCGAAUUACGAUGUAAAAGAUGUUUACGUAACUUGCCUGUAAGGCUGAAAUGACAACAUAAAAGAAAUCGUCUGAAAAGUACAAUGCACUGAUUUUGGUAGCCGAAUUAAAGAAUUCCUAUCGACCCGCGUGCAUGAACACCAGACAGUCUAAUGGAACGCGACAAUUUACCGCGAGAUGCUAUGCAAAACUGAACGCAUUUCACUGAAGAAAAGCCACAUUUUCGCGCCUGCCCAACGAAGAAUGACCUCGAGCUUCUGAAACCAAUGUCAUCAGACGAGACAUUUAUUAACAGAUAUAUCGGGUUAGAUGUCACUGACAUUAUUUUCUCGGGGUCGAUUAAAGACUGGCACAGCCAAAACCGAACAGGGAACUGAAAAAAGGGGAAUGCCUAUUGGCAUAAAGGACCACCAACGACAAAGUCUUUCGUUAGUUUCUGUUUAGUGCAAACUGCUUUGUGUAUAUUUUUCACUUGUUUGACGAUGCGUUGGGGUACUAUUUCGUAAACUUGCUUGAUGAAAGUUAUUUCGUUUCUGAGGAACUUUGGCCAAUUUUAAGUAGGAUCCUCAAGAUGUCAAGUUCUGAAAUGUUAUAUUUAGGAAAAAUAAGACCUUUAACGAGCAACCUGUCGAGACUGACCCUUAAGCUUGUCGUCAGACUUUGGGAGCAUUCAAAGAUAAUUAGACAAUCUAUAGACGUUUUGGCAGAUUUCGAAUAAUUCCAAAUCAAACAUAUAUUAGUCACGUAAGCCUGGUUGUAAUCUGGUGAAUUGUGGGUGAAUUACUUAGGAAAUCCUGCCUGGACAGUCAACUUACUUCACUCUCAUUUUCAGUUUAUUAAGGGAAAUAUAUGCGAGCGUCUUUGAACUCCCUAUUGGUUACAAGUCGUGGGAGAAAAACUUUAAUAAGUGGGAAGGUGAAAAAGGAGAUUUUGUACACAAUCGCGAACAGCUGACAGCUAGUCAAAAUAGUAAUCAUUAACGGCUACACUAUUUGUGCCAUUUUAUAUGAGUGGACGUGAGGCUCGUUAUUGGGAAGCUUGAUACGCGUCAAUUCUACACUUAAAGGAGGAGAUUGCAACAUCGGUAGGCAGGGAAUUCCACGCUGCAAACACUCUGUUACUGAAAAAGAAUUUUCGUUCUUUGAUCCUUGCUUUCCCUGCGCGUAGUUUUAGGGGAUGACCGCGCAAAUUGGGCGUGUUAGCUUGGGUGAAAUAAUCAGUGGGAACUAAACAACAGUCUAGGCCGUUGACAAUGCAAAAUGUUAGUAUAAGGUCACCACGCAAUUGCCUGUUGGAAAGGGGAAACAGGUUUAGGAUUGACAGUCUGGUUUCAUAGGGCAGUGCUCCCAGACCUUGUGUCACUUUGGUCGCCCGUCUCUGGACCUUCUCCAAGACAGUAUAAUCCUUGGCAGUCCAGGGUCUCCACGUAUGGCGUAUUCUAGAUGAGGUCGCACGAAGGUGCCAAAUAUUUUGGAAAAGCAGUCAGGGUCAAAUCCCAUAAAUGCUCGCCUAAUGAGUCGCAAUGUGGCCGUAGCCGAUUUAGCCGCCUUCGCGCAGUGCAGUGUUGGUUUGAGUGAAGAUGUAAUCCAUACACCCAGGUCCUUCUGACUGUCAACCUGUUGCAAUGGUGUGCCGUGUAGAAAGUAGGUCCUGUAGCUGGGGUCUCUGAAGCUGCCGAGUUGAAGAAAGUUGCAUUUGCUUAUAUUGAAGGGCAUAAGCCAGCGCUUCGACCAGUCUUCGAGCCUGUUCAAGUUUGCUUGCAGGUGGUCUGCGUCUGCCGCAUUGUGAGUAACUUUCCACAAUUUUAUGCCGUCGGUAAACGGGAUGGCAUCACAGUCUAGGUCCUUGACGCAGUCAUUUAUGAAAACGAGGAAUAACAUGGGACCUAAGACUGAGCCCUGUGGGACGCCACUCACAAAGCUUACAUCGGAGGACUGUUGACGCCCGACCUGCACUCUUUGGGACCGUCCAGCCAAAAAGCCCUGAAUCCAUACAAGAAGGCGUCCACGUUACGCAGUUUGCACAAGAGACGUUGGUGAGGAACGCUGUCGAAGGCCUUUUUGAAGUCGAUGUAGAUGGCGUGCACCACAUAACCUUCAUCGCGUUCUUUGGUCCAGUGUUCGAGCGUAAAGAGCAGAUUCAUGAGGCGGGACCUACCACUUCGAAAGCUGUGCUGGGCAUCAGAAACGAGGUAGUGCUGCUCGAGGAACUGCAUCAAGGCCUUCUUAAUGAUCUUCUCCAUGAUUUUGCAACAGAUGGAGGUAAGACUCAUUGGUCUGUAUUUAUUCGCACACGCACGACUUCCACCCUUAAAAAGCGGAGUGACGGUAGCGGACUUCCAAUCAGAGGGCAGGCAUCCAGUAACAACUGACGUUUGGAAGAUCAAGACUAACGGCUUGGACAUUUUGGGAGCUAGCUCCUUCAGCAGCUUGGCCAGAAUUGCAUCAGGGCCUGGGUAGGUCAAUUCUUUUAGAUUAAGUAACUCAUUUCGAGCAAUUGUUUCGGUGAAGAAGAUGACUUCGAGGGUAAACGUUUCUUCGUCUUCACAAAUGAGUACGAGAAAAUCAGGUUCACUUGUCACGACGAACCGGAAGAAAUCAGAGAGAUAUCUAGUCUUAUCCUUGUCCUCGGAGAUUUCCGUUCACUCGGCCGUUCGCAUUAGUGGGAUGGAAUCUUUGUUCCCUAAGCUCUGUCUUAGGCAGCUGUAAAGGACUUUGGGAUUAACCAUGGCACGGUUCAAAAGAUCCUUUUCAAGGGCUUUCCGAUCUCUGGCGAUGGGAAUUUUGACCCGAUAUCUCUGUAACUUGUAACUUCUUAGGGAUUCAGGUGCCCGGUCAGUCAGGGAUCUUCUCCAUAGCUUCCAACCCCGAAGUGUGGAACACUUCUAUAAUAAUUCCGUUAUCUCAAAAUGCCGGAUUUCGAAUGAAUGUCUUUCCAGCUGCGUGCAAAAGUCUUUAACAAAAGGCUACUUAUUUAGCAUGCAAUUUUCUCAUUGAUUUUCGAUGGCUUUAAAAAUUAAACAAUAUUUUAUUAAAGGGUGCAUAAAAAUAUUCAUUCUCUUACUUAUUCUGUAGAUUAUUACGUAUUCCAAGUUUAUGUUUGAAGGAAGGGUAUAAUUCGGUUUUAAAAAAGUUUCUAAUUUUGAGGUUUAUUUAAUAACGUGAAAUGGCCGUUCAUAAAACGUCAUGCCUUUGCAUUCACCAAUGUUACUUAUUAAGUUAGCAGAAAAGCUCAAAUCCAUGGCUGAAAUUUUCGAACCCCAUUUGGUCUCCACUUAAUAACGCAGAGAAAUGUAGGGUUUUCCGUACGCGAAAAAUAUAUGGUUUGUAGUUUGGCAACCCUGAAUGCAAGUGCAGCGGCAGAUCGGGUUCAAAAUUUUUCGCGAUUUGUUGACGUUUUUGAAAACCAAAUUGUACCCUUCCUUCGAGUAUAAAAUAAGAAGAAAACGCCGUUUUCCACUGAAUGAGCAAAAGAGUGAACAUUUUAAUGCAUGUUUCAAUGAAAUAUGAUUGAACAUUUGAGAGCAUCGAAAAUCAAUGAGAAGAAUGCAUGCUACAUAAGUAGCCAUUUUUUAAAGAGUGCAGUUUUUCAUGCAGCCGGAAAGACAUUCAUUCGAAAGCCGGCAUUCUGAAAUAACUGAAUUAGUAUAGACGUGUUCCACACUUCUGGGUUGGAGGCUAUGGAGAAGAUCCCUGUCUGAUCGGACGCCUGAAUCCCUAAGAAGUUACUAGUUACAGAGAAAUCGGGUGAAAAAUCUCAUCGCCAGAGAUCAGAAAGCCCUUGAAAAGGAUCUUUUGAACCGUGCCAUGGUUAAUCCCAAAGCCCUUUACAGCUACCUAAGACAGAGCACAAGGAACAACGAUCCUAUCCCACUGCUGCGAACGGCCGAGUGUAGUUUUGCAUGCAGCCGGAAAGAAAUUCAUUAGAAAGCAGAUAUUCUGAGAUAACAGAAUUUUACACGCCAAAGUAGUAUGUAGUUUGGCUUUAUAAAACUUUUCCAAUUUCCGAAUAAUUUUGAUCCUGACCUGCCGUUACACCUGCAUUCACGGUUCCCAAACUACAAGACGUAUAAUUUCCGUGUACGGAAAUUAUACAUUCCUCUGCGCUAGAGACCAUAUGCGGUUCAUAAAAUGAAGCAGUGGAUCUGAGUCACAUUGUUAACUUUAUAAGCCACGCCGGUAAAUGCAGAGAUAUGAUGUUUUAUGAAGGGCCAUUUCACGGUAUUAAAUAGCUCAAAAUUGGAAACUUUUUUAAAACCUAAUUAUACCCUUCCUUCGAGUGUAAGAUUGAAAGAAGAUGUAAUAUUCUAUUGAAGGAAAAAAGGAGUGAAUAUUUUGCGCAUAUUUUUCAUGAAAUAUAAUUGAAUCUUUAAGGACAUUGAAAAUCAAUUAAAAAAAUGCAUGCUAAUUAAGUAGUCAUUUUUUACGGAGUACGGUCUUUAGAUUCAGCCAGCAAGACGUUUCUUUGAAAGAUGGCGUCCGUCGGUAACUGAAUUAUUUUAGAAUAAUGGUUUACGGUGGUUGGUUUUACAGCCCUACUUAAUUAAUCUUUUGGGAAUGAGAACGCAUUUCGGAAUUUCUGUUGAGAUUUCAUGAGUUAGCCCACCUACUGUACUUCACUUUGUUGCGGUCAAAUUUCCAGUCGAUGUCUCGUUGCCUGGUCAAUAAGGCCCAUCCCGGGUCUGCAUAAGGUCUCAUCUGGCUCCAAGUAGCCAAAAGUCCGGUGAGUAGUGCGUACAAUGUUAUGCCUCUUCUAAUGCAAUUAUUAUUUUUUAUUUUUUCGGGUAAUUUAUACGGAAGACUGGGGUAAGAGAUGAGCGACAGAAACCACGAGUGAGAUUCAUGUUGGACCUCGCUGGAACAAACUUUGACCAUCUCAAUAUUGUUAUUUUACCUCACAGAUCCUCGGUCUGCCACGUCUCGGAUUCCGACGAAGAGGACGAUGAUUGUUCUCUCAGUGAGGAAGACAAGUCAGUCGUAGACGACUCCCCCGACCAGUUGACCAUACGUGUGGGCGGUUUACAAUCAGCGGUCACUGAAUCCGAACUCACAGCCUAUUUCUCCCAAUUUGGCAGCAUCAAGGAGGUUAGGAUAGUACGCGAUUUACUUACCGGCGAAUCACUUGGCUUCGGUUUUGUCACCUUUGCUGACGAUAAGGCCCUCAAACGAGGUGUCCUUAAAAUCUGCCACUUCCUUGGACGUAGUCACCUCCGCGUUAUGUCAUCUGUGGACAGUGCUCAAGCUCGCCGUUCCAGUGUAUCAGGGGCGAGCAAGUAG